AUAUGUAAUGGAACAGUAACCAGUAACUUGAAAAAUCUAUAGACUGUGCGGGACGAGCCGUUUAUAUCCCGCUCGCUCGCAAGUUUAGACUUUACCGCCAGACUCACCGGGAGUAUGUGGUUACCAGUCCUUUUCAUUUUGGAACUCUUUCAUAUCGGAGAUAGUUACAUCGUAUCAGAAAAGGAGCAACCUGUGUGUCCGUUUGUGGAAUGCCAGAACGGGGGACGACUUGACCAGACAACCUGUCAGUGUGAUUGUCCACCAAAGUACUAUGGGUUCUUCUGUCAGAACAAUUACGAGAAAAGUCUGUGGCCCGAUGGGACCUAUGCUCUACCCACGUCAAUGUUCGGCUGUCCUGAGACCGAGGCUAAAGGAUGGUCAACAUCCUACGUCAACCUUACCCUCCCCGAGUCCUCACAACAGCAGGAGUGGAAUAUGAAGAACCCAGAACUAAAGACCGACGUCAUCGAGCCGAACAUUUUAGGGCCCUACUAUUACCGCGCCCUGCAGAUGAAUUUCUGUGUGAAAACGCCAACCUACUUUGAAAAUAGAGAAAGCAAUAGGACAUCAGCUGAAUGGCCGAGAGGGCAAUAUUGCAUAUACAGUUUUAAUAACACCUGUCCUCUAGACUUCAUCAACGGUACCUUGACAAUUAAGGGAUACCAGUUUACUGAGCAGGACAUAGGGGGUCAAAUUCCGGGGGAAAUGAGACAAAACCAGACACUUUUACUCCAGUUCUGCUGUAGAGAAGAUGGGAAUUAUUCGUCACCAAUUCAGCUUCCCAAAGAAUUUCCUUUUAUCAUAUUUCAGAGCCAAUCUGCUGGCAGUUGUCAGGAGAUUGAGUCAAUGACCUCACAAAGAGAUUUCUUCUAUAUGACCAAUGAAAACGAGGACUGGGAGUAUGAAGGGGCGUUGCCGAUGUUUGACACAACAACACUAACUAACUCCGUGGGCGUGCCAUAUUGCUACUAUGUACCUUAUGAGCGUCGGGAGUGUUACUAUGAAUCUGACUUUGGAAAGUCUUACAACGGCCGCGCAAACGUCACGGCUUCCGGAACACCUUGUCUACCCUGGGCAGAAUCAACAGAUUUUCUCUACAAAUACCGAGGCAGGGAGAAAAAGUUUGAAAGUAAUUACUGCCGUGCGUAUGAGAUUAAUUCAUACAAAUCGGGGGAACCCCUGUGCCUGGUGAAAUAUCCGUCCGUCCAAAAAAGAUGUGGAGUUCCAAAAUGUGUUGAAGAUAAGGAGUUGAGAGAAUUCGGAAAAUUUAAACCUUAUCGAAGCGUUCGGUCAUACAAAAACCAACUGCCUGAAUAUGCUGUCGACGGUUCUAUAGAUAAGUUGAAGUCCCUAAUCACAGAUGUCCCCCUAAUGAAGCCCUGGUUUCAAGUCAAUCUGGAAGAGUUUGUAGAGGUUCAUGCUAUCCUCAUCUACCGCUUCGACAUACACUACCGAAACUACUUUGAAUAUUUUGGAACAUAUGUCAGCAAGAAUCAAUGGGACUUUAUGAAUUAUGGCGCCGUCCGAUGCGACGACCUAAGAAAUCCGGAAUUCUUCUUUGUGUUCCGGUACCAAUGUAAACGUCCUGUGAUUGGUCAGUAUGUCACGGUCCGGAACUAUGACUUCACUCACCCAAAUAGAAAUCCGGGGAACUAUUCUCGAAUGGAAAUCAACGAAAUAGUGAUUCUUGGAAAAUCUAAAAGCUGUGGGAGACCUCUUGGUCUGGCCUCGGGGAAUAUCUACGACUACCAGCUAAGCGCUUCUGAAGGAGUCGAAUAUGAACCUGAAGUAGAAUCAAUGGCGCUGCCACAUCGGGGACGAUUGUAUUAUCCAAAUCCCGGCUGGUGCUCUUCUCUGAAAGACCAGUCGCCAUGGUUUUCAAUUGAUCUGAUCACCCCAACAAGUGUCCAGGGAGUGAUGGUGCAAGGCUGGACUUCCAAGAAGGAGUCAAGGUACCUCCGGUCCUUUCAAGUGUCUUAUGGAACCGGAAAAGACACCCAGAGGCUGUAUGAAGACUCCCCGGGGACCAUCAAGACAUUUUUCAUCGAUGCCAGAGUUGCAGUUGUUACACCACAAACGUUUCUAUUUUAUCGUGAAAUCCUGGCCCGUUACAUCACAAUAAUUCCUGGUACAACGAGCGGGCAACAAACUUGCCUUAAGGCGGAAAUCAUUGGCUGCCAAAAACAACUACACAGAGACUUAAUAUGUAAAAAUACAAGCGUGGAUUUUGGGUUCGAGGAAAUGAAUUGGUUUGGCUUUCGGCUGAAUGGUCUAACGUUUGCUACAUCAAACAUCACGAUGAUCCAAGACUGUAGACGGUUAUGCCUGACCGGUUACAAGUCCCUCUUCUUCAUCAAUGACGAGAACUCCGACUAUCAUACUCAUAUCUGUUCCCUGUAUAAGGGUGACCGGUACCACCCUACGAGGCAGGCAGCGUGGGUACUGUCUGGGUUCAUUCAUAUGUUCGCCUCCCAUCGUUUGUGUUUUAGUGGUGUGAUGGAACUUGACCACUGUAACUUCUUUUUAAACCUUACAAAGGAGGGCGAGGCGGUCAUUAGGUCCCCCGGAUUUCCAUUCAGUUACGGACAGGGCAUAAACUGUACAUGGACAAUUGACACUGGAACUUCUAAGUUUAUUAAACUGGAAAUAGUGUACCUAAAACUGGCGAAAUCAACAACGAAAUCAGAAUUAAAAGAGGUAAUAAUAUUUUCCGGGAAAUGUAAAGACAGCAUUACCUUUAAAGACAAUUCUAACGCCAUCGGCAUUACAGCAGAGACACAGAGUGAUAUCAGGGAUUCUAUCAUCAUCUCAACAGGACCAACCCUGUCAAUUACACUGCAAACUUGCUUUCAAUAUGAAAAAUGGGAUGGAGAAAACUUAUUUGAAGUAAAAGCUUCUAGAACGGAUAAACCAGGAUGUGGGAUGUCAAAUUCAAAAGACGGGUGUACAUUGAGAUGUCAGGUACCCUCAGCAUUCAUUGCGACGGAUCGUUAUCCCUCACUGUAUCAGCCGGGAGAAAGUUGUAAUUGGCAAAUUGACGGCAAGUUGGGACAAUACGUGCAAUUAAACAUACUGAGCAUUGACGUCAUCAAUGGUGGACCGUCGUGCGCAAGUUCAUAUAUUGCUGUCUACGACAUAGAUUUGAACGACAAGGAAAUACUUCUUGGGAGGUACUGCAAGGAAAACAGACCUUACAGUGUCAUCUCGUCCAACUGGCAUCAUAUGAAGGUGGAGUUCCGAGCAGCCACUGACCAGAAGCAGGGCCGGGGGUUUCUAGCGGAGUAUUCAUUCGUCACCCAAACAUUGUCUUCAUUGACUCACGAAGAUUGUCCUGUUGGUUGGCACUACAGCUGGUAUAGCAAUAGCUGUUAUAACAUUUAUUCUUAUGACGUCGGAAUCACUUGGCCGGAAGCGAAUCUGAAAUGUACCGAACAAAAUGGCAGCCUCGUCAGCAUAAACUCAAAACAGGAACUAGAAUUCGUUCACUUACUUGUGAUAAAAAAUAUAAACAACAUAAUGGACAACAAAAUGCUCAUAGGUCUUCGUAAGGUAUAUUCAGAAGAUAAAAAUGAACUAGAGUUUGUAUGGUCUGAUGGAAACCCACUCACAUUCACGGCCUGGUAUCGUGAUGACGUCUUCAUUGAUCGACAACCUAACGGAUUUUACAAUGAGAAGUGUUCAUGCAUCAACAUCUUCAGUAUUUAUUCCAUGAAUGACUGGCACGACACAGCAUGCGCCUAUAAUAAAAUAAGAAGCUACAUGUGUGAAAUCGACAUCAGCUAUACAAAAGAGAGCAUAAGUCGAUUCAACUGGUGGAACAAUGGGUCGACCAUUACCCAGUCGUUUGGUGACGUCAUAUUCACUUGUGAUAACCUCGAGCACAUCAAUACGUUGUUUGUUUGUGACGGAAUAAAGGAUUGUAGUGACGGAUCGGACGAAUCUAAUUGCAGUGUCCGUUGUUCAGAGACACAGUUCCGGUGUGGUGAUGGCGGCUGUAUCUCAUUCAGUCUACUUUGUGACUUUGUUGCUCACUGUGUGGAUGGUUCAGAUGAAUCCAGUUGUUUCAGGCAGCCCUGCAAUGAGAGUCAGUGGGAAUGUUCUAGCGGUCAGUGUAUUCCCGUUGUAUACCACUGUGACAUGAAGCCAGAUUGCGUGGAUGAAAGCGAUGAACAAUUUUGUGAGGGUUGCAAACAUGGCUUCGAAUGCUACGAUCAAACCUGCCUUCAUCCUUCAAAAACUUGUGAUGGCUUCAUUGACUGCAAUGGAUUCUAUGCGGAAGAUGAAUCCCAAAGCUGUGAAAACAACGUUCAGAAGUCAUGUAAAGACUGGUGGAGUUUGGGAAGGCGGGAAAGUGGAGAAUAUCUUGUCAGCCUCGGUCUGAAUGGAAAAGAAAAAACAAAGGUGGAGUGUAGGUUUAACAGAUCUGAGCAGGUCGUGACUGUACAAACACUUAUCCAUCACAACCUGGAAGAAACCAUUGUAGCUAUCAUGGAAACUAUCAACACAACUCUAAAAUACGCGGCUACCGAGAAACAAAUCUCGUACCUCAAAAAUGAGAGCACGUGUAGUCAAUCAAUCAGAAUACGUUGUCAUUACACGAACAAUUUGCAUGAUGAUAUCUGGAUAGGAGAUAAUGGAAAAGAGUUUCAUUCGACUUUAGGUGAAUCAACGGAAGGCUGUUCUUGUCCCUAUGUCAACAAAUGCGAAGAAGGCAAAACCAAGUGUAACUGUAAUUCAACAUAUGAUGGAUGGUACCGCGCAGAGUUCACGGAGGUGCGAGAAGAUUUCGGUAUCAUAACUGAUCACUCCGUUCUGCCAAUCAGAAGCAUUUAUAUCGGCCCUCCUGGCGUUGAAGAGUUCGUCAAAUUAGAUGCUGGGCCAUUGAUCUGUUCUGACGAAACGUACGCUGUUAGCGAUGACUUUCUUUGCCGAUCUGGAAAGAUUGUACCAAUGUCACAGCGGUGUAUCCUGGAUUAUGACGUGUAUGGUGAUGUCACCGGAUGUAGAGACCUGUCCCACUUGGAAGAUUGCGAGUUCAGUCAAUGUCCGAUGGGAUUCUUGAAAUGUCCCAAUAGCUUUUGUAUACCUCCAAGAUUAGUAUGUGAUGGCCAUAAGCAAUGCAAACAUGGUGUAGAUGAAUUACUGUGUGAAUCCUGUCCAGGUCUGUAUAGAUGUAGGAACAGCAGCAUUUGCCUUGAUCCAAAUAAAUUGUGCGACUACAUUACCCACUGUCCGUACCACGACGACGAACUGUUGUGUGACAUUGAGUACCCAGAAGAAUGUCAGAGUCACGGUCUUUCUGGCGUUUGCAGAAACAUUAAUAGCACAAGUCUUGUCAAGCUUCCAAAAGAACUACGGACUCUAACUUUGAGUGAAAAUGACUUUAGUCAUUAUUUACCAAGUUUCGAACAUUUGAUCAAUUUAGUUAUAUUAAAUCUUUCUAACUGCAUGAUGAAAUCAUUAGAAUCCUACUCCUUUGUCAAUCAAAAGAAUCUCCUAGAACUUGAUCUAAGGAAUAACAGAAUAACAAAUAUAAAUCCUUAUGCUUUUAUCGGAUUAGAUACUUUAAAAACUUUGAACCUGGAAGGAAAUAAUUUUCUAGCAAAAAUAUCAGACCUGGCUUUUCUAGGUUUACACAAGAUACCAAGUAUUGUCGUCACGAAUUCCCGUUUACAAAAUAUAAACAAAGAUACAUUGAAAGGACUCGUUUGGGUCAGUCAUUUAAAUCUUUCCAAAAAUGAUAUUCGUUUCGUUUCGGAUUUUGCAUUUCAAAAUCUGACCGAGUUAACUGUUCUGGAUUUGCGAAAAAACAAAAUCGAACAAUUUUCAUCCAAAAUAUUUUUCGGGCUAUCAAAGCUCACAAAACUUUAUACGGACUCGUAUGCAUUUUGUUGUUUAAAGCCUCCGUCAGUCAAAGAAUGUUUGCCCCAUCCCAACGAAUUUUCUUCAUGUGACGACUUGAUGAAAAACUACGUGUUGUCAGCGUUCCUGUGGAUCAUUGGAAUAAGCUCCUUGUUGGGAAAUCUUGGCGUCUUUGUCUUUAAGAUAUUUUUCGACACAGAGACUCUGAAGAAGGGACACGGCAUCUUUAUCACCAACCUGAGUAUAUCUGAUUUUCUGAUGGGCGUUUAUAUGAUUAUCAUAGCUUCAGCUGAUAUGUCCUAUCGAGGGCGCUAUGUUUGGAACGAUCUUUUCUGGAGGCGCAGUACUACUUGUCGAAUAGCUGGGGUGCUAGCAACGGCUUCCAGUGAGACUUCCGUCUUCUUGCUGUGUCUUAUAACACUAGAUCGCCUGAUUGCAGUCAAGUUCCCUCUCGGCCAAUUUAAGUUCACAAGACGCAAGGCUCUGAUAUGUGUCGCAAUGGUUUGGAGUAUCACCAUUUGGUUAGCUGUCAUUCCUUUCAUCCCAGGAAAUUAUUUUCAAGGAGAAUUCUACUCCCGCUCCGUGGUGUGUCUUGCCUUGCCCCUCACAAGAGAUCGGCCCGCUGGAUGGGAAUAUUCUACGUCGGUAUUCAUUAUUCUGAAUUUUUUGCUGUUUAUGAUUAUCGCUUUGGGUCAGUGUUUGAUAUACAGGGAAAUAUCACAAUCGUCAUCAAGGGUCAAAUCCACCAGAAGAAAUCGGGACAUGGUCAUUGCACGAGGCCUAUUCCUUGUGGUCCUGUCAGACUUCCUAUGUUGGUUUCCUAUUGGAAUAAUGGGACUGCUUGCUCUGAGUGGCCAAGUCAUAUCGGGAGAAGUGUAUGCAUGGGUUGCUGUAUUCAUUCUUCCGAUAAACUCAGCUCUAAACCCCUUUCUAUAUACAUUUGCUAAUGUAAGGAAGAAGGUUGAAAUCAGGCUCUGUUGCAAAGAGUCAUCAAAUAAUCAAUAAAAUUAAAGACUUGGUUUUCAAGACUGAACCAAGGACCGUCGUAGAAGAUGAAGAUAUCCAUAAUGACAUCAAACAGAUAGGAGAGCUAACUCUCUAGAAAUUGAUGUUUCAUAGAUCCUCAUUUUAAUAUAGAAAAAAACCUUUCAUUUGUCUAUUGUUCAAAUGAGCGAAACUGUUAAAUAUUAUAAUGACUUCUUUUACGUAAACAUGAUUUCUUUUUUUAAUUCUUUUAUUAGGUCACCUGAGUUCUUUUUGUCGAUCGCCGUGUGUCGUGCGUUAACAAUUUUACAUUUUCAACUUCUUGAAAACUUCAAAAAACAGAAAUCUUCUUUACCCGUACACAUGUCAGGAACAAACUAAAUGCAUAGUUAUAAUGCCAACAUAGCCCUUCACCAAAAUUGUGAAAUUCAUGUACCUUGGUCGGGGGUUCAUGCUUUAAGGUGGGGCUAUUAAGCAAUAAAGUAAAAAUGUAUUUAAUCUUCGGAAAUCUUUUUCUCUUCUUCUAUAUAUAUUUGUAAAAACUAAAUGCAAGGUUAUAAUGUCCAUGAAGUCAUCUACAUAACUUGUGAAAUUCAACACCCUGGGUUUAGGACCUAGGGCAGGGCUAAUAUAGUCAUGUAGUGAAACGUAUUAAAUCUUAGAAAAUUUUCUUCUUUACUCGAACACGAUUCUAUUUAAAUUGUGUAAUUCAUGGCCCCUGGGUCAAGGGCUGAGGCCCCGUGGGGCGUAAAUAUGGUAUUUUGGAGCUUAAAAUAAAGUCUCAUUUGAUGUGUAAAACAAUUAUGAAUACAAACAUACCAAAGAUGUUUUUUCUCCUUUUUAUGCAUUGUUUAAUAUAUGGCAAAAUCUUGAAAUAUAUGAGACUUUUACAAUAUUUUUUUCACUUCAUCAUAAAAUAAAAUGAUAAAGGAACUAUUGUUCAGGUGAGCGAUAUGUGUCCCAUGGGCCUCUUGUUUGAGAUAGCUAUCGUGACUUGACGAGUGAAAUAUAUAGACCAAAAGGUAUGUGAAUGGCAGAAAUGUGCCACUAUAAAUUUCUAAAACGAGGCAAGCUACUUACAACAAGAGGUCCAGGGGCUACAUCGCUCACCUGAGCAACAAUUGCCUUAACUCUGAUCAAAUUAGCAUUACAGUAUCAAAAUCAAAAUAUCUUUACAACCAAGUACAGUAGAUUUUGCUAAAAAAAAUGAAAUCUGCCAGUUUUUAUCCACAUCUGUUUUUAGUAAAUACAAAGCCCCUUUUGUUGUUGUACCUCUAAGAAGAUAUUUCUCUGAUCCGAUAUACCCCCCCCCCCCCCUUUUGUGGCCUCACUUUUCUCUAGAGAAUCAUUGUUUCAUCAAACUUAAAUCUGUAUAACGUGAGCUUUCACACAAAGUACUGGGUUUUGGACUGAAAACUUUCCCAGAAUAUUUUUAAAGAUGUUUUCUAUAUAUUCUUAUGUAAAAAUUCAACCCGCCAUCCUGGCCCCACCCUCUCUGUAUGAACGACACACGUGUUCGAUGUGAAUGCGUAGUGAGGCAGCACUGUGUGUGCAAAAUAUUAAAGAUAUCUGGAAAAUCCUUUCACAGAAUAAACAUAUUGUGUAUUUCAUUGAUUGUUGUUUUCUUUAUUCUUUACUACAAACAUUUUAAUACAAUGUGUAGUUCAUGCAUUUAGAAGUCCGUGCAACCUGAAUGCCUCGAUCGGAAAGCAACCGACCGUAACUUUCUCAACCGAUAUAUAUACCCCAGUGGCAGUAGAGGAGCGAUCGAAAUUAAUAUGGCGACCAAAUGCUUUUAUGAAUUCAUGUCAGCUUUAAG